AUAUUGCUUAUAAAAUUGCUAAAGAAAGAGAAGGUAAAUGCAUUUCAACAAAAUAUAUUAAUGCACAAAAUCAUUUACAAUGGGAAUGUAAAAAUGAAUAUAAAUGGUUUGCAACUCUUAAUCAAAUUAAAAAUAAAAAAACAUGGUGUCCAAACUAUAGACAACAUACUAUAUAUAAACGUCUUACUCUUGAUGAUGCAAAAAAAUUAGCAUAUACAAAAAAUGGUGAAUGUCUUUCAGCAGAAUAUAUCAAUAGUAAAACUCCUAUGCAAUGGAAAUGCGAAAAAGGUCAUCAAUGGUUUGCACGUAUAGAUAGUAUUAGAAAUCAUAAUACUUGGUGUUUAAAAUGCAAUCAUUAUAGUAUUGAAACAGCAAAAGAAAUAGCAUAUAAUCAAAAUAGAGAAUGUUUAUCUACAAUAUAUAAAGAUAAUAAAACACUAUUACAAUGGAAAUGUAAUAAAGGACAUAUAUGGAUUGCACACUUAAAUAGCAUUAAAGAUUUAAAAAAUUGGUGUCCAUAUUGUCGUGGAUUUAAUAAGACAAUUACUGAUAUGUAUAAGUUAGCACAACAACGAAAUGGAAAAUGUCUUUCUGAAAAAUAUAAUA